CAGUGAAAUUCUUUUCAAGCGCAUUCUGAAAUGUACAACUUAAAUUACUGUUGAAAAUUUCACAAAAACAAACGUAUUUUGACAGUCUUCAUGUAAAGCGGGAAACUACAUCGGCGCGACAUUUAAAGGAGAUUUGCUGCCAUGAGCGGAAAGGCUUCGCCGCAGGGCGGCUCAAGCAGCCCGGAAAACAAGCCGCUCGCCAGCCCCAGGGCCGGUGCAAACGAUGACUAUGAUCCUCAUGAGCAUAGGCAGACGGAAAAUCCGACGAACAAUGUGGAGUCGCUGAUCCAUUUGCUGAAGUGCAGCUUGGGUACUGGCAUCCUGGCCAUGCCACAAGCCUUCGCCAACUCGGGACUUAUCACGGGGAUAAUCGCGACGGUGAUCGUAGGCGCCAUUAUCACGCACUGUCUGAGAAUUCUUAUCAGGUCGCAGUACUGGGUAUGCAAACAGAAGCGAGUGCCACUGCUGACGUACCCGGAGUCUAUGAGGGGCUCCCUGGUCGCCGGCCCGCCCUUCAUGCACAAGCUGGCCAAACCUUCUGCAGCCACAGUUGACACCUUCCUUGUUGUGUACCAACUCGGCGUCUGCUGCGUCUACAUCGUCUUCAUAGCUGGCAACAUUAAGAAGCUUGUGGACCCGUUUAAGGAGAUGCGUAUCGAACUGCACAUGCUGUUCAUUCUUAUCCCGCUGGUGGCUUUCAACCUAAUACCAAGUCUGAAGAUGUUGUCGCCUUUCUCGCUCCUCGCCAAUGUCCUCACGGUGAUCGGAUUGGGCAUCAUCGUUUACUACGUGACGUCAGACCAGAAGACUGACGAGCCAAUAGACCUGUGGGGCUCGCCGAAGACCUUUCCUCUCUUCUUCGGGACAGUAUUGUUCGCGCUCACUGCAGUAGGAGUUGUAGUAGCAAUAGAGAACAACAUGAAGACACCCAAGUCCUUUGGAUCGAAUUUUGGCGUGCUGAACAUCGGGAUGACCAUAAUCGUGUUGUUGUACGUGGCUAUGGGCGCUAUCGGGUACAACUAUUGUAGGUCCCAAUGCUUGGACUCUAUCACGCUUGAUUUGCCCGAUUCUGGAUUGGCAACAAGCGUAGUGAUCAUGUAUACGAUAGCGAUCUUCAUCAGCUACGCACUUCAUUGCUACGUGCCCGUGGAGAUAGUGUGGCGGGACUACCUGAAGCCACGUCUGCAGAAGAAGGGCGUCCAGAAGUUCUGGCCAUACGAAUAUGGGCUGCGCAUCGUGCUCUGCUUGAUCACAUUCGUUUUGGCAGCGGCGGUACCUCGGCUUGGCCUGUUUAUAUCUCUGUUCGGAGCCCUGUGUCUGUCGGCGCUGGGAAUGUGUUUCCCAGCUAUGAUGGACUUCUGUUGCGGCUGGCCCGACAGGCUGGGGCCCGGACGCAUCAUCAUGUACAAAGAUAUCCUCUUAUUCAUCAUCGGACUUAUUGGGUUGGUGGCUGGCACGUACGUCGCGCUAGUUGGCAUAGUAAAAUCGUUCACUGACUAACUCGCCGUGAGCAGAUCAAUGCGUGGUCAGGGUACGCCUCAACGCCACUCAUGCUUGCCUAGACAUCUGUACGCAUUUCUUUUCGAACUAUUGUAGAAAUAUAGCAGCGUAUAGAUGUUUUUCACAUGACCUAAUUGCAAAUAAAUUUAAGUAGAGGACCUGGGUACACAACUAGAAUAAAAUAGAUUUUAAAAGGGAAUUGGCGAUAGUUAUUAAUGCGUCAUUGCUUCUCUACAAGCGCCUUUUUUAAUCCAUGAAUUACAUAUUUUGAUUUGCUUGGCGAGUUUCAAGAUUUACAAAUAAAAAGUGUUAUUAGAGUGUAGCAAAUUUAAGUCAAGGUGCGCAUUUGCUGCAUAAAAUAAUGAAAAGAUUACCAUUUACCAUCAUAACCACGUUAGGCGUGUAUUAUACAUACAUAAACUGCUCACAGCCCGAAAGGGAUGAAUUAAAGGUAAAGGUUAUCGCUCGAGUGUAUGUAAGUGGUUCAUAAAUUACAAACCGUUUUCAAAACAUUUUGUAUUAGAACUUUUCAAAGUGGUUUCAUAUCUGCGUUGUGCCAGCAACGCGCCUUCGUUUGAUGCAAUUGUGAUAUCUAUAAUACAUUAUUAACAAUUAAUCUUUGGUAUUUGUAAAAUCUUGGUACAAAAUGGCGCCUACUGGCCCAUCCGCGGCCGGACCAACGCUGCAGACAUUCCUUGAGAAUAUUGUUGUUGACGUCAAUUGUGUUAGUUUAUAAUAAAUAUUUUUUUUGUUAUUGUUAUUUCUGCUACUAGGUACUUUGA